AAAAGUAGAAGAGAAACCAAGCAGCUUCAGACACCAUUUAGAUCUGCCUACAAUCUGAAACCACAAUUAUUCACCAGGGUCUGUGUCUGGACCUACCUGUGAUUCCUGCCUUUAUUCUUCAUUAAAGGUGCAAGAAAGAAAAGAAUUGAACUUUAAUAAGUCAGGUCACAUUGCAGGAAGUCUAAUGAGGGGGGAAAACUGUAAUUUAGUGCAGUGUGUGGUUGUUUUAAGUGUUCUGUUUGUGAUUGUGAAUGGAUAUCGACCCGUUAUUAUAGUUCAUGGAUUAUUUGAUGGGCCAAGACAGUUCAUCAACCUCACCAACUUUAUCAGUAAGACUCACCCAGGUACCAUUGUGACUACAGUCAACAUGUACGAUGACAUGAACAGCCUGAAACCUCUGUGGGACCAAGUUAAUGGUUUCAUAAAGGCAAUUGGGCCCAUCAUGGAGAAGGCCAAAGAUGGCAUCCAUCUCAUCUGUUUCUCACAAGGAGGUCUGGUAUGCCGAGGGAUUAUUGCCACGCUUCCUCAACACAAUGUCCACUCCUUGAUUUUUCUGUCAUCACCGCUCUCUGGCCAGUAUGGAAUAACAGCAUACAUGAGGCAUGCCUUCGCAAAAUGCAUUAAGCAAGUCGUUUAUCAACUGUGCUAUAACUUCUUGGGACAAAAGAUCUCGAUCUGCAACUUCUGGAAUGAUCCACACCAUAGAGAGAGGUACUUGAAGAGCAACAAGUAUCUUGCCCUAUUGAAUGGCGAGAUCAAGCACCAUAAAAUAAAAGAGUGGCGAGAACGCUUCAUGGCUGUUAAAAAUUUAGUACUGAUUGGAGGACCAGAUGAUGGCGUUAUUACACCCUGGCAAUCGAGUCACUUUGGAUUCUAUAACAGCAAUGAAACUGUGGUUGAAAUGAAACAACAGGAUUGGUAUCUGGAAGAUGUUUUUGGACUGAAAACUCUAGAUGAUAGAGGAGCACUGGUCAAGUGUGUUUUCCCGGAUGUCGAACACACCAGCUGGCAUUCGAACUUCACUGUGUACAAACAAUGCAUAGAGAAGUGGCUCACAUAAGUAACUGACAUCUUGACGCACACGUAUGAACCAUGACAAACCUUCACAGGCCUGUCCUGAGAUUUAAAGAAAAAUAUCUAUGUAAAAGAAAAACAAUUUAUCUAUGACACACGUGCAUAUUGUUUUCCAUGCUGGGCUGUUUUAAACUUGUUAUAAAAAUGUGCAAAUA